AUGAGCUCGGUCGAACGUAGCAAGAAAUUCGGGCAUUGCUUCGCGUGCUUCUUUCAGCUAGAAACCGACGAUUGUCAAUCUUGUAAGCAUAAACCGCAGAACGGAACAUCAGCGAAAAAGGCCCCAAACCUCUCGAAGGACCCCCCUCCUCAGAACACCGGCAAUCCCCCUACUCAGGAUAAACCCCUUCCUCACAAUACCUCUCCUGCUCCAAGCGAUCCAUCUACUCCGACGCAACCAUUCACCACAGUGCCAAAGCCAUCCGACGUAGCAUCUUCUAAUUCACCGUCAUCCCAUUCCUCCCCAAGUUCAUCGCCGGUUGAGGGUGUAUUCGGUACCUCCAAGGCACCAAUCCCCACGGGCAGCGAAUCUCAUCCAAUCACCAACAUAACAGGCUCAGCCCCUGUCACACAAAGUCCAAGUACGCAGACAAGUGCAUCCACCAAUGCGACGCCAAGCUCCGUCAAGGCAAACGAGCAUCUCGCUACAAUAUUAGGAGUCGUGUGCGGAGUCCUAUCUUUCCUGCUGCUUUGUCUUGCCUUUUGGUUCUUCCUCAGACAACGUAGCCGAAGAAGACAGCGUCGUGACUCUGCAAAUAAUUGGCAGUGGUUCCAGGGCUACGAUAAGUGGAAGGACGUAUACAGUCCUUCUGUGAAAGGCAGUGAUCUACCUGACUACGGUCGAGUCGAGUCAGGAGAACAUCGUCGGUCUCCGGAGAUGUGGGGGGAAUCAAAUCGAAGGCUCACGCAGGACAAUUUGGAGAUCCUGGAAAGACACUCCUCGCGAACUUCGUCUGUAAAGUCCCACAACAUGGUUGGCAGUGGCCAAUCCUCGAAUUCGCAGCACACGCUGCCCACGUCGUCGAAAAGACGCGAUCUGAAGCGUGUCUUCUCCAUGGGUGCGCUAACCCACACCACCGGUACUACAUCAAAGUCGGCACUCGUUAUUGCCCUUCCCCCGGAGUCACAUCCCAAGGAAACACAGGGCUCCUCCCCAUCUUCAAAGAUACUGCAAUUGCUCAGAACGUACGAUCCUGUACAAAGCCGAACAGGAUCACGCUCCCCCGGUCAAAUACGCAAUACAUUUUGA